CCAGCUGCUACCGAGAAAGAUGUGGGGGGGUUUUCCCUCCCUUCUUGGGGAUCUUCUGCGUGGGAUUCGUUUCAGGAGGCAGCGGUGGUUCACUGGUCACAGCAACCCUUGCCAAGCGGACGCGCUCCAGAUGUUUGGACUCCAGUUCACGUCAGCCCCAGCCGGGAAGGCAGGUUUUGGACGGUACCUAUAGGACGGUAAAAACAGCAAUGUUGCUGCCUUUCCUCCUCUAUGGGGCUGCACAUUUUCUCGCGGCCGCAAAGGGAGAGGUGGUCCAGGAUUUUAAGAACUGCCUCGAGUUCUUCUUGGACAAAAUGCCCCCUGGAGAAUCUCUGACGCCACCCAGAGAAGCCAAGAUCUGCCAGUUCUAUAGGAACGCCUAUCGCUUUGCCACGAUGUACGACAGGGAGAAGCGGAUUCCCAUCUACUCCGCUUACAAGUGCAAACCUUGGAAGGGACAAAGAUAUCAAGGAUGGAUGAUAGAGCCGCAGCUCGUAGACCCGACUUUGGGGAAGGCCAUGGAAGACGAGCGUGAAACCAACGUCGCCGCCGCAGGGAUUAAGAAGAGCCAGGCCACUUUUGACGAUUAUGCGCAGGCCUUAAGCAUUGAAAAGGGGCACUUGAACCCAGUGAGCCACCAACCGGACGAGGACAGCAGAGCGGCCACUUCCACUUUGACCAAUAUUGUGCCCCAGUAUAGCAAGCUCAACGAAGAUGGCUGGGCCAACCACGAGAGCCUCCUCAAGAAAGAAGCCCAGGCUUGCCGUGAUAUGUACGUCCUCGUGGGAGCUGUGCCCGGAGAUGAGUAUAUCUCGGACCUCAGGGUCAAUAAGCCCAGCCACAUCUGGUCGGCAGCUUGCUGUGUGCUUGAUAACCAGCACAGAAAAUCUUGGGCUGCCCUAGCGAAAAACAGUGAGAAUGAAGUCAAGGAAUACAGCUUGGAGACCCUCCAGAAAAUCCUAGCUGAACUUUAUGGGAAGAAGAAAGUGGAUCUUUUCAAUGGUUCCUGUAACUAGUGUGCAGCUGGUUGCGGGGAGAGCUAGUUUUAUCCCCAAGAUAGAGGAAGGAUGUAUAAAAUCGUCUCCCAACCAGAGAAGCUCACAAAGUCCUCUCACUGCCAAUUCUGUUCACAGGUUGUGAAGUUCUUAAAAGAAAUUGGUGGUGAAUUGAGAAGAUGUUCUAUUUUUUUCCAGAUCUUUUUUUAAAAAAGCUGUACACAAAUCUUAAAUAAAAUGAAACAUGUGACACGUUUCUAGGUGGUAGCAGUUUUAUUGUUGUUAUCAACAUUGCGCUCUAUAAAUUCUGCCCAUCUUGCAACAGAAUCCUAUGUUUGGUUACUCAGAAGAAACUGCUGUUGUAUUUGAUGGGAUUUACUUGUCCAGCCAUUGGAAAACAUCAGUAUUCAGCAAGAAUGGUGGGUUAGACAAAAAAAUCUGGGACAUGCCUUUUUUGAACAUUUAGUUUGUCAGUACUGUGUGCUUAGGGGAACUGCUAAGAAAGAGCAAUUUGAAAGUAUAAGGGAGACUUUCCUGUUAUACCUAAAUAGGAAAGGGGCUUCGAUAUAUAUGUGACCCUGGUGGCUUUAUAGAGAGGUUAUAUGCAGGUUUCACCCUUUUAGUUUUCCCUGGUAAAAUGUGCUCUUAAAUACUAUAAGGACACCAAUGACACAACACUUUUUUGAUGCAAAUCUCUUCAUUUCAUGAGGCUGAUAUGUCUGUCUUAUGUACCCCAAAUCUUCUUUUGUUAACAUGAUUUUCUCCCCCUUG